AUUUUUUUCUUUCUUUUGGUGCAUUUGACUGAUUUUGAUCAUAUCAUGCGUGUCUUUUCAUUGCCUGUGGCUUCAUACGUAACCCGUAUGAGCCUAUCGACAAUUUCAUCACACCGCAUUUGGUCUUCUACUGAUGCAAAGUCUGAAAGCAAUGAGAAAACUAAUCAAGAAAAACCUGAUAACCUAGGGGAUCAAGUUUCUGUCGAGUCAUUAAAAAAACUUGAGAAAGAUCUAGAGGGAGCAAAAGAACAAAUUGAGGCUCUCAAAAAUGAGGUACAAUACCGUGCAGCGGAUGCGGAAAACGCUCGCCGUAUUAGUCGUGAUGACAUUGAGAAAUCCAAACUUUACAGUAUCACUAGUUUUGCUAAAGAUAUGCUUGAGGUGGCUGAUAUUCUUGGUAAAGGUAUUGAAAGCUUUGAUGCAUUACCCGAGGAAGUGCUGAAGGAUAACAAAUCGUUGCAUUCUAUUUACACAGGAGUAAAAUUGUCUGAGAAAGUGUUGCAUAGGAAUAUGUCCAAACACGGUGUCGAAAGGAUGAACUUAUCUUUGGGUACCCUUUUUGAUCCCAAUUUUCACGAUGCAUUGAUUCGCGUUACAGCAACCGAAAAGACACCACCUGGUACCAUAGCGAAUAUCCUGAAAGACGGAUAUAACAUUAGAAACCGUGUUCUUCGAGCUGCCCAGGUCGGUGUUUCUUAUUCGCCCGAUGAAGAAUAAAAUUUUGUAAGAUAAUAUUAUUUAGUUGUUAUGGGCUAAUUAGUUAUUCUGUGCCUUCAGAUUUACUUCACAUUUUUUAACAGCAUCUUUUAACAAGGUUGGUUAGUAAUUUUUCUAAAUUAUUAUUGUUUUUUUUCUCUUCGGACGUAAUUAUCUAUAUACUGAUUUCUAAA